AUGUUGGCUAAAUAUUUGGUUUUACAAGCAAAGAAACAUCCUUCACUGGCUCCUGUUGUUUUUGAUGUGUGGCAGGAAGCUGCUUCAUCAAGUACUUCGUUACAGCGAUUAUCUCAACUUUAUACUUUGGCGAAAUAUAUUUGUGAAACAUCUGUAAAAUCAGGAGUCACUGCCUUAAUUCAACAAUUCGACAUGAAGUUUCAUGCAGUUGCUCGUAAUCAUCUUGAAACACGAACGAAAGAUAUUUCAACAGUCGUCAUUGCCAUUGAUCAAUAUAUUGCUCAGGGAAUGAAACUUUUCAAAUUGAGUCUGCAACAACAACAACAGCAAACUACUCAAAAAACACCAUCAGUCCAAACACCUUCCACUUCUUCCACAACAAUAAUUUCGAAUCAUGUGAAAACAGAACCUUCGAAACUCUUCAAGCCAGUAACAUCAAAUCAAGCUGCCACUACUGUCGUCACACCAGUCAAGAGCGAAGUUAAACCAGCAGCAACACGUCUCGUUUCUACUCCGCCAACCACCUCCAAUACUGCCACAAGAAAAGCAUCUACCUCACCAAACACAGUACAAACUUUAGCUUCGCCAUCAAUGACAAGCACCACGACGCCCAAGCCAGAGAAAAAUCCAACUUCAACUACGAACGACCACGCAACAUCAAAACGAAAAAGAUUCCUAAAAGAGCAUAAGAAUGCUCUGAUUGAGUGGUUCAAUCAACAUCCGCAACAUGCAUCUGAAUCGUUUUUUUACGAUGACGACCUUGUGAACAAGUUUAUUUCAGAGAACCAACAUAGAUUUUCUCUUCCAUUAACUCCUCAAACAUUGAAGAAUAAUAAGGACAGUCCUCACUUCAGGACAUUUUUCCAAGCAAAAUAUUUAGGAGAACGCCUUGUCAAACAAGAACAAAUGAAACAAAAAAAUCCAGCCCAAAAGCGAGCGAAUGAAGCAUCGGGCGCUAGCAGCUUUGAACAACAAAAACGAAAAAAGUAA